CGUCCACGCAUUGCCCUUUCAAUCCAUUUCUCUUUUAUCUGUCAAACGAGGAAAACCCUCUCUUCUUCCCCCUCCGCCGCCUCGACACCUUCGACCGCCAUGCCUCGCCGCUCUGGAGGAAGAUCUGCUCCCCGUGCAGCCCCUCGUCCUGCACCAGGUAUUCUUCUUGAAACAGUUAACCGUGCUCCUCCUCCAGCCCCUGCUCAAGGUGGCGGUGGUUCUAUGUUAAGUGGCAUUGGUUCGACCAUAGCUCAAGGUAUGGCUUUUGGUACUGGAAGUGCUGUGGCUCACAGGGCUGUGGAUUCUGUGCUUGGUCCUCGCACUAUUCAACAUGAGACAGUGGCGGCUGCUGCCCCUGAAGCCACUACAAGCAGCAGUGCUGGUGCUGAUGCCUGCAACAUUCACUCUAAGGCCUUCCAAGAUUGCGUUAACAACUUUGGGAGUGACAUCAGCAAGUGCCAGUUCUACAUGGAUAUGUUGGCAGAGUGCAGGAAGAACAAUGGUUCUAUGCUGGGAGCCUAAACUCGUAUGGUCGUCUCUGCCAUCCGUUACCGUGAUGAGCAAAAUUCAUUUGAAUAUUCUCAUUGGAAUAAUCCAUUACGGGUGAUGGUGAAGUAUUAUUCUGUCUAUGGUUGUCGUUUAGAUUAAAUAAUCCCGAGUCAAAACUAUCAAGGUGGGAACUUUUUAAAUCAUCAUCGUUCCGUCGAAUCAUUGGAACCGCUUUUAUUUGGGAUAGUAGUGUCUUGGGAUGCUUUUGCUCUGGAAGAAUUUACAGUCUGAUGACCUUCUAUUGCA